AUGGGCACCAGAGAUGACGAAUACGAUUAUUUGUUCAAAGUGGUCCUCAUUGGUGACUCAGGCGUUGGAAAGAGUAACUUGCUAUCACGUUUCACUCGCAAUGAGUUCAACCUGGAAAGUAAGAGCACCAUUGGAGUUGAAUUCGCCACGCGCAGCAUACAGGUUGACGGCAAAACUGUGAAGGCCCAGAUCUGGGAUACGGCUGGCCAGGAGCGCUACCGGGCCAUCACUUCAGCGUACUACCGCGGUGCUGUGGGCGCUCUCCUGGUCUAUGACAUUGCCAAGCAUCUAACGUAUGAGAACGUGGAGCGCUGGCUAAAGGAGCUGAGAGAUCAUGCUGACAGCAACAUCGUUAUCAUGCUCGUGGGCAACAAGAGUGACCUACGUCAUCUCCGUGCUGUUCCAACUGAUGAGGCCCGGGCCUUUGCUGAAAAAAACGGUUUAUCUUUCCUGGAGACAUCAGCUCUGGAUUCCACCAAUGUUGAAACUGCUUUCCAGACCAUUCUCACAGAAAUCUACCGCAUCGUGUCCCAAAAGCAGAUGUCAGAGCGCCAGGAGAGUGACAUGUCACCCAGCAACAAUGUGGUCAACAUCCAAGUGCAGCCUACUGAGAACAAACCAAAGAUGCAGUGCUGCCAGAACAUCUAG